AUGCCCUCUAGUUUCGGGAACAUUAUUUCCCUUGCUGCCGAAAUAACCGCGGCAGCGAUUUUGGUCGAGUACUGGGAUGCUACUACGCCCUCAUGGGUUUACAUUACAAUCUUUCUAGUCACCAUUUGUGCAAUCAAUCUUACCGGUGUGCGAUGGUAUGGCGAAGCUGAAUUCAUUUUUUGUGAGUUUCAAACGCCUUCAGAAAGUCACCUUUAUCCGCUUGGUUCUCACAAUCAAGAUCCAAACGAUGUGAUCCUAUUACCAAGCUGCCAUCAAGUUGUCGGUCAUCUUGAUAUUGAUAAUACUGGGAAUCGUGCUAGACUUAGGCGGCGGGCCAACGCACGAUCGGAUUGGGUUCCGUUGCACGGCAUCCUGGGACCGGUUGGCAGAUUUCUGGGAUUUUGGACGGUAUUUAUUCAAGCAGCUUAUAGCUACUUGGGUGUUGAGGCAGUAGCCAUCAUAGCUGGUGAGGCUGAGAAUCCUCGCAAGACCAUACCGAAGGCCAUCAAGAGGGUUUUCUUUAGGAUAUUGAUAUUUUACAUCGGUGGAGUUACUGUUGCUGGACUUUUGGUUCCUUCUAAUUCCCCCCGAUUAGCUUCUGUUAGAGGACAUGGAACUGCCCAGGCUUCCCCCUUUGUGAUUGCAAUCAACAAUGGUGGGAUUAGUGUUCUACCUGACAUCGUCAAUGCGGUUAUUUUACUUUCGGCCUAUUCAACUGGUAACACGGCUUUAUAUUGCGGCAGCCGAAUCCUCCAUGGACUGGCAUGUCGGAACAUGGCUCCGUCUUUCUUCAAAAGAUGCACGAAAUCUGGCCUGCCUAUCUUUGCCCUCAUUCCAACAGCAACUGGUGGACUGCUAGCCUUUUUAAGGCUCAAUCACAGUGGCGCAACCGUAUUUCACUGGCUCACUAGAAUGUCUGCAGUCACUGGACUUUGCACUUGGUUAUCGGUCUUGGUGUCCUACCUCCAAUUUUACCGCGGAAUGAAGUAUCAUGGGAUUUGCCGGAACACGAUACCCUACAAAUCUCCCUUCCAACCAUACCUGACAUACUUUGGCUUAUUGAUGGUCAUCCUAGUUAUCUUCUUCAGUGGAUUCGAGGUUUUCCUGAAGGAUAAUUGGUCAACCUCCAACUUCGUAACAAAUUAUAUCACCCUUGUGAUUUACAUCCUAUUAUUUAUUUAUUGGAAAGUCACAAAGCGAGGCAAACUGGUAAGGAUCCAAGAGAUGGAUCUCAUAGCCGGUACCAAGCACUUCGAGCUCAUGGAUGCGCACUAUCAGGAGAAUAUCAAGAUACCAAGGACCCGACUACAGAAAUUAUGGGACUGGCUUCUAUAA